AUGCUGUUUGAUCUGUUUGGGCGCGGCUUCACCGACGGCGUGGGCGACAUCCCGCACGACACGCGGCUGUAUACGACGCAGAUCCUGCUCGUGCUGGCGUCGUCCCGCCUCAGCUGGACGGGCAGCUUGGGCUUCAGGCUAAUUGGGUAUUCUCUGGGCGGCGGCAUCGUCAUUCCCUUUGCCAAUGCCUUCCCGCACAUGGUGUCGUCGCUGGUGCUGCUCGCGCCGGCGGGCCUCAUCGACGCCGCGUCCUUUGGCGCCGUCAGCCGCUUCAUCUUCUCGAGCGGCUUCGUCCCCGAGCGCAUUCUUGCCGUCCUCACCGGACAGCGGCUGCAGCGGCCCAUUGCGUCGUCGAGGGCAGCCAGGACCAAAGCCGCUGGUGUCAUGGCCGCUGCCGAGGCCGAGAAUCUGGCCGGCGAGAAGGCGACGCCGCUGGAGGAGAAGGUCUUGGACUACGUGCGGUGGAUGGUGCACAAUCACGAGGGCUUCGUGCCGGCCUUCAUGUCAUGUAUUCGGUAUGCGCCGCUUACAGAGCAGCACGAGGAGUGGAAGGGGCUGGCGAAGCGGGAAAAGGGCACGACGGCCGUCAUAUUCGCCGAGACGGACGAGUUGAUUAGUGCCGAGGACUAUGCGCGUGAUGGGCUGCCGCUCGUCGGCGGCGAGGGUCAUGUCUUUUGGAGAGUCGUGCCUGGGAGCCAUGACUUUGUCAUGACGCAUGUUGCCGCCAUUAUGAAGGAACUGGAUGAGUUCUGGGAUAUGAAGACGUAG